UAGGAGCGAUAGCUAUUUCUCUAUGGAAGAACUCAAGGAAGACGAAAUUAAACACGAUUACGUAUCACCUACCCUUAUUACCAAUUUAGAUGCGAUCGACACCGUAUCGAACAAUACGGAAUCAUCGGUGGCAUCAGGACACGAAGUUCACAAGUACAAAAACGAGCCUCCGAAAUAUUUGAGUAAAUUGAAAAGUGUGAUGGAUACGAAACAGAGCCUAGUGGAAAGUAACGCAAUCGCGAAAAUAGAUCAUGUAUAUGAAGAAGUCAAUGCUCUCGAGUGUGAUAUUAUGGACUACUACGAGAAGUAUAGUCCGACGACGGCCAAGACGUUAAUAAAUACUCUUUUUCUUCCACGACAUAAAAUUUGCAAACAGUGCGCGAAUUUACAAGGUAGCCCGGUCUAUUCCGAUCGAUUGAUAUACGCGAAGAAGCCGCUGUACGCGAAGGAAGUUGACCUGUUUCAGCAAAAUGAUAUUAUACAAUUUAGGUAUCUUUCCGAAGAUGAUAAAGAUGUCGAUGCAUUAUUUUUGCAGUACGAUAAUGUCGAGCAUUGCUUGUUAGUAUAUAAUUACGUGAAACCUAAUGCCUGUAGCAUAUUUUAUUCUCACGGCUCGCCACAAGACGUUUUCGAUCUAAGAAUGACGUUGAAACCAAACAUCAUUCUUAUAGGCGACUAUAAAAUGAAAAGAGUAAAUACUGAGUUUUAUCAUCGGCGUAUAAAUCAUUUUUAUACUAGGGUGUCGAGAAACGGCAUUUCACCCACUGCGUUUCACGUAAACCAUAGUAACAUUUUAAGCUCUAUAAAACAUAUUGGAUAUGAUACUGAUUUGCAAAACUGGAUGAAUUACAGGAACGACGUGUUUCGGUCCCACAGUCUUAAACAAGACGAUGCGACCGAUCCUCGCGCGAACAGGUCCAGUCUGUUAUUGUUGGAACCUUUAUUGUUAAUGCCAGAGUUGGGCAGCUCUGGGUACAGGCACGUGAAAAAUCGUAUCGCACAGUCGGAGCACGUGAAAAUAGUAAAAAUAGUGAUCGCCUAUACUCUCUCUUUUUUUAUCUUAGUGACAAUAACGUUUUAUAUAGUUUACUUCACUUAAUCAAAAACUCGAUAUCCGUUCGCACCGAUUAGAGAUCUGAAAACAAAUAUAGAAUUUAUUCUCUCUAUAUUUUUUAUAUAUGAAGCAUACAUUCUGGUCCUAUAUUUUGAUACUUAUCCAGAUUACUUAGAACAAAUUACAAAUGCCAAAUUCCUGGAACUUCCUAUUAAAUGUAUACCAAUCUUA